UGCCAAGUAUGCGUCGCGAGCGCAGGGCAGUCGGCAGGCGAGCGCGGGCGCAACCACAUUGACCGUACGGUGCGCCACGGACGGAGCCCGCGACACUUCUUUGUUUACGUUCUUUGUUCGCGUUGUGGCACGCAGCACGCACCCCUAUCCCGACAUGCCGGCCCGCUCCCCGCCCGCCGCGCCGCGCGUAAACGCAAUCAGCUGUGCGCGGUGACACAGGACGUUCAGUCGUUCAUUCAUAGAAAGUGAUAGUGUUUACAUCGUGAAUUGACUUGGAACAUGGAGUGGUUAAAGAGGAGUUUAUCUAAUAAGAAGGAGGAGGUGGAGGACGGGACGGCGGCGGAGCGCCAGCGGCUGGAGGCCGCCGAGCCGAUGCCGGAGUCCCCGGCGGCGCUAAACGCCCCGGAGCUGGAGUCGGAGCAGGAGCGCCGUGAGCGCUGGCGCAGCGUCUACGUCAUCUACUUCACCAUGUUCCAGAUGUCGCUGGGCUUCAGUAUAGUGCUCACCGGAGUCUGGCCUUACCUCGACAAGCUUGAGCCGGGCGCGUCGAAGGAGGUGCUGGGGCUGGCGGUGGGCGCGGCGCCGCUGGGGCAGCUGCUGGCGUCUCCGCUGCUGGGGCUGUGGGCCAACGCUCGCGGCGUGCGGGCGCCGCUGCGCGCCGCGCUCGCGCUGUUCGUGCUGAGCCAGGCGCUGUACGCGCAGCUGCACGCCGCGCGCCCGCGCGCCGCGGCCGUCAUGCUCGCGGCAAGGCUGCUCGUCGGCGUCAGCUCUGCAAGUAUCGCGGUGGCGCGCGCCUAUCUGUCAGCGGCGACCACGGUGUCGGAGAGAACUCGCGCUGUGGCUGCCGUUUCUCUAGCACAGGUACUAGGUUUCGUGGUGGGCCCGGCGCUGCAGGCGGCGGCGGCGCCUUUGGGUUCGGGCGCGCCGUACGCGCCGGUCGGCGAGCUCGACCUUCGCCCGCGCCUCGAUAUGUAUACUGCGCCGGCGUGGCUGAACGCUGCGCUCGGAGCGUUGAAUCUAGCGCUGUUACUGCCGUGUAGCUUCAAGGAGAGGAAGAUAGCGGCGAGAGAAGCCAUGCUGGCUCAUGGGAAGGGAUCUGAGGCGGAGGCGCUGAAGGCGCUGCGUCCGGACCGCGUAAGCAGCUGGACGCUGGUGUUCGCGUUUUUCGUGCUUAACUUCAGCUUUGUGCUGCUCGAGACCCUCGCCACGCCGCUGACCAUGGACCAGUUCGCGUGGUCCAAGGCGCAGGCGCUCAAGUACAUGGGCGCGCUCAUGUCGGCGGGAGCGGUGUUAGCGUGCGCCACGUUCGCGCUUAUCACCCCGUUGACUAAACUCUUCCAGGAGCGGGCGGUACUGCUCUGGGGCGGCUUCCUCCUCGUGGGCCUGGCCUCGGUGCUGUGCAUCCCCUGGGGCCCGGGCCCGCCGCCGCUGGCGCCGCCCGACAGCGCGGAGGCGGGCGGCGGCUGCCCGGCGCCGCGCCAGCCCUGGUGCGCGACCUCGCGCGCGCUCACCGUGCCGCAGUUCCUGCUGGGAUACACGGCGGUGUCGAUCGGGUACCCGCUGGGCGUGACGCUCAUACAGACGAUAUUCUCCAAGGUGCUGGGGCCCAGACCGCAGGGCGUGUGGCAGGGCGUGCUGACGGGCGCGGGGUGCGUGGCGCGCGCGCUGGGGCCGGCGUGCGUGGCGCUGCUGUACGCGCGGCACGGGCCCGACGCGGCCUUCGGCGCCACCGCCUCCCUCACCCUCGCCACGCUCGCGGGGCUCCGCGUGCUCUACGACCGGCUCCGGCCGCCGUCGCCGCCCUCGCUGCCGCUCCAGCCGCUCCAGCCGCUCAACGGCAACAAGGAUCCGGAGUCGUGACACCGACGCGCGGCUGCACGCCGCUUUUAGAAGGGAUACCAGGGGCCGAUUGCAUAAUAACUUGUGACUAAUAAUAUUAGCGGAAGUCUCUUUCCAAUUCCUUUGAUAUAAUAUAUUAUAUUGAUAUAUAAAUAAAAGAGUAUCGUUACGAUAGGGAGCGUGCAUUUAGGAGGCUGCACCCUCCUAAGAUAUAUAUAUAUAUAUUACUCUCCUAUUUAUUGGCGUUAAGUGUAAAUGCCAAGUUUUCAUUUAGCCCACAAGAUGGCAGAACCUUCAAUAUCCAAGGGAGCUAGCGAGCAUGAACGGUAGAGGGCAGCACUCAUUAGUGUAAAGCAAAGAUAGAUAUAACUCCGUAAUAGAUGGAUACAGUCUAAGGAAAAAACGUGCCUCGAAAAUCACGAAAAUUUGACUCUCGAUCAGAUGGCGCCACUAGUUUUGGCCUACACUCGUAUAGAGGGCGUUGACUGUUUCGUUUGUUAUUUAUAAUUUUAACGCAUACCAGUGAAAGAACAUGGGUCAAAAUCAUAUAAAAAUAAUUAAUGCAAAUAAAAAAAUAAUUUAUCCAUAUUUAAAUACAUUUUAACGUAUUUUUUUAAAUCUUCAUUUUUAAUUUUAAAGUAUGUCGAUAGAUGGCAGUGAAUUUACAGUGGUUACAAAAUUUACUAUGACAGUACCGCUCUAUCUUAUUAUAUCCUCAUUGGUGUAAAGUGAUUAUAUGGUAAAUUGAUUAUAUACAAAUGUGUUUGUUAGCAGCUUACCGACCAGGAAAAUAUGAAUGUUUGAUAAAAUAAUGACGAUUAUGUAUUCGGCAUUUGUCGACAAAGUAUUCGUUGCUCAAAAAACGAGUAGGCAGUGGAAAAGUGUUCAUAAUAAAUAUUAACGUGCCACAGAUUAUAUAAUACUAUACUAACGUGCCAACAGAUGUUUAAUAUUUGUACAGUAGGUUUUACAAGAACCUAAUCAUAAAUAUGUCUUCUUUCGAAAUUGACCUAGUUAGGAGAGGCAGGGUAUCUAGGUAUAAUGUUUAUAGUGCGUCUAUUGCCGCAGUUUGCUCUCGGUUCAACUUCAGGAGGUACCUAGUACAUAUAACUACGUAUAAUUAAGUGUAGGUAGGUACGAAAUGACUAAACUUAUCACCAUUAGGAACCACAUGUGAUACUGUAGUAAAUCGUAUACGUACCUAUGUACGUACGUACGUAAGUACCUAUUUUAUAUAAUAAUGGUACAUAUGUGAGACUGUAAAUUAUUUGUCAACAACAAAUAUCAAGUGUUAUGAUUUUAGAGUGUAGUCUUAGUAAUAGAAUGGGUAUACUUGGACAUUGUUUCUGUACAAAAUGUUCUCGUUCUAUUGCGCUUAAUAUAUCAAGAACAGGUGUAGAGGUGUUGGCGUGUUUUACUAGAAAAAGUAUAUUGUUACUUGUAUUACAGUAAUAAAUUAAAUAGUUGAUGGCCGGUAAAUUGAUACUGAUAACCGAUGAAGUACCUGUGUAUGAUUAGGUACCUGAUAUAUCUUUAAUUUACUUUAUAUUCGCACUCAUAUCUCGGGAUUGUGAUUGUCAGUACCCCUGAUGCUAAACUAAAUUCUGGUGGUAGUUAGUUCUGUACCUUUGAAUGUAAAGUGUAGAGUCAUAUGUAGAGCUCAUCUUUUUACGAUUCUAUCGCAAAUGUACACCUUAAUCACGACCUUAGAGGCAUAUUUUAAAUAUGAAAAAUAUUAUACCAAUUUCAGUCAGUCUCAGCAGCACUCAUGUUGGUGCUAAAGGGAUGUACUGAUAAAAAACUAUUUUUUUAUUUUCGAAAAAUCUGAAUACGCCGUUGGACUCGAGUAUGCGUGCGAAAGUCGGAUAAAUAAAACAACGAAUAUUUUGUUAUGAUUUUUUAUCGCCUAGAAGUAAAUAAUAUUUUUAUUUUAAAUUAUAUAUUUACAAUAGAACCAGAUUAAAAAAUAAAGAGGAUAGGAAGAUUUACAAUAAAGAGUA